AUGAUCCAUAUUUCUAUUAGGGCAGCGGAAUGGGGUGAUAUGGAAGCUUUUUUAUGGAAAGGUCGAUUAAGAAUUAUGUCUGUGGGAGAAAAAUGUUUUAUCAGAUUAGAAGACGAUACUAAUUCCGUUGAACCAGUACGUGAUUCUUCAAGAUAUUUUGUUUUACGGAUUGAAAAUACUGAUGGCAUAGGAUUUCAAGAACGUUCAGAGGCAUUCGAUUUUCAAAAAGAAGCGGCUGAGCGCGCCAAAAUUUCUGCAUUGACACCGAAAAAAGAUUAUAGUUUAAAAGAGGGUCAAACAAUUAGCAUUAACCUCGGUCAUCAUAAAUCAAAACAUUCAAGACAUCAAUCAGUUGAUCAUAUUCCAAUAUCUGAAGAAACUGGAGAAUUAGAGUUGAGUCAAGAUUGGAAUAAAGCAUAG